UUCCCCGGGACAGGAAUUCGCUUGGGGCCGCGACGGCGACAGCGGCGGGGACUGAGGGCGGGGAGGCCGCCAGAUCAAAGGAGCCGCCCGCGGGGCCCGGACGAGUCCCCGAGCGCCGAGGGGCCCCUGGAGGAGGGAGGGGGGAAGACACCAGGGCCGCUGACCUCGCUCGCGGACCCGGGAUCACCGGCCGCGCGCCCCCGAGCGCGCGCGCGUUCCCGCCGCUCCUGGCUGGGUCCCCGCGCAGCCCGGGCCGGGCCUGCGCCGCUGCGCGAACGCGCUCCCGAAACUGGCGGCUCCCGCAGAGCAGCCGCGAGGACAGGCGAUGCGGCCACCGCCCGUGCGAGCGCGGCUCCCGCGCGCCCUGAUGCUGCUGGCUGCGCUGCUGGCCACCGGCCGAGGGCUACCACUGAGGAAGCGGGGUCCCGGGCCCCACGGCCACUCGAGGAUGCUGGAGGCCUCGCCUGCCCCAGAUCCUGGCUCUCCCCAAGAUAAGGAGGUAACACUGGAAUUUGCUGGAGACCAUCUGCAGGCAGAACCAUGUCACCCCGAGUGUCAGACCCUCCCUGAGCCAGCAGCUCUGACUCUGGGUACAGCCACCCCUCCCGGGACCCUAGAACACACACCCCUGCUGUUGGAGCUGAAGAACCUUCCAGGAUUGGCCAACACAGACUUGAGUGCCCCAAACCCCAAUAUCCAGGUAACCAUCGAGGUGGUGCAGGACCCCCAGGCUGAGGUAGAGAUGGACUUGCCUUCUGAACCUAGAAGUCUCUGGCCCCUGCGCGUUUCCAGCUGGCUGCCCACCAGGGAGCUCUUCUGGCCCCUCUUCUGGGGCUAUCAGGAAGGUGAAGAAGGAGGCGCCAGCCUCAGAGACACGGCCCCAGGGGAAGUAGGGGAGGAAGAAGAGAAGGGUUACGCCACAGAGUACAGUGACGGUGAGGACCAGGAGGGCAGUGAAGAGGACCAGGAGGAGGAGCCUUGGUCCAGUGGGGACACAGACAACUGGGACUAUGGCUGGUUGGGUCCUCAGGACCAGGACUUCAAGGAACCAGACAGCUACGACUACGAACCUCAGGAGGAGUGGAGCGCCUGGUCUCCCUGCAGUGGGAGCUGUACCAGCGGCAACCAGCAGAGAACUCGUCCCUGCGGCUAUGCCUGUACUGCCACAGAGUCCCGGGUCUGCGACCUGCCCCCCUGUCCUGGCACUGAAGAUGAGCACGCCUUGGGCUUUCCCAGUGAGGGGUGGCAGCCCCUAGCCCACAAUGCUACGGAUAUGCUUGAUCCAGAUGUGGACAGCUGUGAGAAGUGGCUGAAUUGCAAGAGUGACUUCCUAGCCAAGUACCUGAGCCAAGUGCUCCAGGACCUGCCCAGCUGCCCGUGCGCAUACCCUCUGGAGGCUGUGUACAGUGCCGUGAGCCUGCAGGAUGAACGCCGGGGCCGCAGCUUCCAGUGGCGGGAUGCCAGUGGCCCACGGGAGCGCCUGGACAUCUACCAGCCCACCGCACGCUUCUGCCUUCGCUCCGUGCUAUCAGGCGAGAGCAGCACGCUGGCCGCCCAGCACUGCUGCUAUGACGAAGGUAGCCGCUUGCUGACCCGAGGCAAGGGGGCUGGAGCUCCGGACCUUGUCAGCACCGACUUUUCACCGGAACUGCACUUCAAGGUAGAUACGCUGCCCUGGAUCCUAUGUAAGGGGGACUGGAGUCGCUACCACACCGUCCGCCCCCCCAACAACGGCCGGGCCUGCGCAGACAACCCACCGGAGGAAGAGUACCUGGCCCAGCUGCAGGAGGCCAAAGAGUACUGAAAUGGGCUUAGAGAAUGGUCCUUCUGCCUAUUACCCCGUCCCUGUCGGGACUGGGCGAGUGUUAGGGUACAUUUGAGAGGCCAUCUGGCCUGCAAAACCCCUCUCGUGACCCUGAGUCAGGAAAACCCACGUAUCUCAAGGAUUGGUGAGAGGCUGGAGGGUGGGUCGGGGUGAGGGCCCCUGGGAUGUGUUGGGACUGUGUCAGCAUCUGAAGGGCAGGAACUGCCCUAGUCUGGCCUCGGGGCCCUUUCCCCUUUCUUGCAGAAUUGGGCCCUUCUGCCUCUCCCUCUGCUCGGGAUUGAGACGGGAUGGUCCAGAUACACCCAAGUUCCCAGAGUCUGUUGUGAAUUCCUCAGAUCCCCCACCCAAUGGCUGGUUGAGGAAGAGCAUGGUGGAGGAGGGUAAGAAAGGACAGUCAUUUCAAGUGGCCCUACAGCUGCCCUUUGCUGGCCUGGCAGAACCAGGGUGACCACACAGCCUCGUCUACACUGGGUAGACUGCCCAUGCUGUGAGGUCAUCAGGGGCCUUGGCAGGACAGCUGAGCUGAGGGGCGUUGAUUUGAGGCAGGGAACCACCAGCUGUUUCUGGUCCUUCUCCUUGGCUCAGUCCCCUGGUGGGAGGAAUGUGCAGAAGCCAGGCAUGGGACGGGCUCAGAACUAGGGGUGGGUUCAGGAGGGUUUUAGUGCCUGUAGUGGUUGCUAAACCAGGAAUGUGAUGGCACACAGUCCCAGUGUUCGAUGUGGGCCCUUUUGUGGUGUCCAUACCCACACCAGUGGCCCCCUUAAAGUUCCCACACGGCGCCACUGGAAGCCGUGGAACUGGACUUGGAGUCGGAAGAUGCACACCUACCUAUGCCUCUUCCCAACCACAUCUUAUCCCCCAGACAGUCACUCGUCUCUGUCUUCUCUGGAGCUGAAAUGUUGAAGACCCAAUGUUUUGUCUCCAUUCCUAAAUCCUCCAGAAAGGAUGCACGGGGCUUGAGUUCCAGCCUUCCACAGCUGUCCAGAUGCUGUCAUGGGACACUCAGGAAUAAAGCACUUUAUUUUCACGCACUGUUUGAUAAAGGACUUGGGGCCUGGCAGAAUGGAGGGCAUAGAGGGCACAGAGGCCCUUGCUUAUCACCCAGGUCAAGCUCCCAUUGGCUGGGCUUGUGAUCGCCAAGCCCCCAGCCAGCCUUUCCUUUUCCUAAAAGCAGCCUUCGGGGUUCCCUGAAUGCAGAGACUACACUCUAACCAUUAGUUAUCCCGGCUCACACCCAGAAAGGGCCACCUUCGAGCCUGUCUAGGAGCUGGCUGGUCCCAGAGGCACAGAACUCCAAAUCUGUGACAUACAGGCAAACUUCAUUUACUCUAUAGGGAAAUGGCACCAAGGCUCCAAGAGAUGGGCUUGGCGGGGCAGGGGAUCCAACCUGAAAGGAAAGGUGUAUCUGUGCUUUCCCUUAGCCUGCACCCUUAUCAGACACCCCACUGUCAUCCCUGACAUUCAGGGGAAGGGCAGAGUAUGGCAGGGUUUAUCUUAGUCUGGAUCUAAACA